UCAGAUGAUGUGACUUAUUCCUCUGGUAACUCUAUUAAAUUAGAAUUUAUCUUCGUCUUACAUAUGUAACUCUAAGCGCAUUGAUCCUUUUCUUAGGCUAACGUGUAUUUUGUAAACGUUUUAUAAAUAUAACCAACUGGCAACCUGGCCAUUUACUUUCACAUACAUGCACGUUUACGUGGCCGUUUGUUAUUUAACCUGUGUAGUAUUUUAUAUUAAAAAUUAUCUAGUCUAAAUUAAACGUAAAAGAGAAAAGACAUAAUAAGAACACACGAUGUCAAAGGCUACCUUAGUUGCAUUUUUCACCAUAAUUUCAGCUAGCUUCUGCUUGGGCUGCACAAAUCCAGAAGUUAGUUCAAAAUCAUUCACCACUUUAGAUGCCACAAUUGUAACAAAUAUCGCCUAUAUUUCUGAAUUUUCAAUUAAAUGUGGAUCAGGAAAACUAGGAAACUUGUAUGCUGCCUUGAAUGGACACAUUAGCCCCGUUUCUCUAGUUGGAAAUGACAAAUUCCAAGUAAGUUGGACUGAAGACAUAAAAACCGCCAAAUCAGGUGACCGUCUGAUCAAAUUAUAUGACGAAGAAGGUUACGUUGCCUAUAAGAAGGCUAGCCGUGCCAACGAGGAUGUAUCAUCCGUACCUUCCUUUGCAGAUGUUGUCGUUACCCACUCAGGAGCUUACAAUGGACCAUGGUUGAAAUCAGAAUUUAUUGCUACCAUCUUAUCUUUAAUUGUUGCCUACGUAGCACUCGCUUCAAGGGCGAAAGUUUCUAGUUAGAGAUACAAUAUUCAAAUUGUUAAUUAUUUUGUUUAAUUUAUGUAAACACUAUGUGAUAUAAAUGUAAUUUUUAUAUCAGGCUGAAAUUUUUUAAUAAAAACAAAUGCCUA